CACAAUUUCGGUUGACAUCAACUGUAAUUUUCUCUAUCAAUUCAUUGUCGUUUUAAAUUGUACAGGAUGUUGAUCGUGUUUUGAUGUCUGCACUAGCAAAUUUGGCUGGCCUCUAUCCACCGACAGGCUAUCAAAUCUGGAAUUUUAUGAUCCUUUGGCAGCCAGUUCCUGUACAUACUCAACCUCGUGACGAAGAUUAUCUUUUAGCUGCUAACAGACGAUGCGAUCGUUUUGAUUAUUUUAUGCUUCAGUUUAUGAACACUUCCGCCUACACCGAUUUAUUUACAAAAUACAGAUCACUGAUUAAUUACGUAGAAAUAAAUAGUGGGACAAAGAUACGCACAAUAACUGAUAUAAACGAUAUAUAUGACACACUAUUCGUUGAACGAUUAAAAGGUUUUCGUCUACCAGACUGGGCAGAAAAGGUUAUGGUUCCUGGCGGAGACUUUGAAUAUCUUGCAUUUAAUUGGUUAGCAAUCUUCACACAAAUGACCGAACAGAAAAGAUUGAAAUCGGGAUGGCUUUUAAAAGAAAUUCUAGACCAUUGUACCAGUAAAAUUCGAUCAACAUUAUCGCCAAAUCGAUCAAUUUUUAUGUAUUUCGGUCAUGACAUUACCUUAGGAAACAUGUUGAACAGUCUGGGACUAUUUCAGCCGUUACAUGUUCCACCCUAUGCAAGUUGCCUGUUAUUUGAGUUGUACGAAGGCAAUGGACAUCCUUAUUUACAACUCUUCUACCGGAGAUAUUUGAAUGACAAUAAUCCUCAGCCAUUAUUCAUUCCCGACUGUGGACUAAAAUGUCCGCUAUCUUCUUGGUAUGAAAAGUAUAAAGAUAUUUUGCCCACGCAAAGUUUUCCAGACGAAUGCCGAUUACGACCAGGCGAAACAUUGCCGCCUGACGGUAAUCCAGAAAACAAUUCGUUAUGAGUUAAGUAAUUGUUGGAGGUUUUUCGGUCAUUAGCGGCAACCAAUAAAAAACUCUUCAUGAAUACUUCUUUGCCAUAUAUCGAGCUUGGUAUGUGCUCAUCAUCAGGCUCUCAGGAUUGUACAGAAAUAUACGAAAACUUUAACUCUUAUCUAA